AUGAACAUUGAUUAAAAUAUGGAGAAGUUCUAUUUUUCUGACUUUAAUUGUUAGGAUUAAUUCGAAUAGAUACAACUUGAAAUAUCUUACUUUAAACAAAUCCUCCUUCCAAAAUUAUUGAUAUGUCUUGUAUUCUAUUGUAUUUUGACUCAAAAAGUCUAAAAUUUAUAAACAAUCAAAAGUCAAUCAAGGCUAUGA